AUCCCGCAGCCCGACGCCCCCGAGGGGCUCCCGGUGACGUCCCCGCGCGGAGCUGGACCGGCGGCGGCCGCCGAAGCAUGUAGAAGGGGUACGGCGCGAGCCCCCCACGGUUUCGCGGUGAGCUGGUACCGCGGCUGAGCUCAAGAUGCCGUUGGUGAAAAGAAACAUUGACCCUCGGCACCUGUGCCACACAGCACUGCCCAGGGGCAUUAAGAACGAGCUGGAAUGUGUAACCAACAUUUCCCUGGCAAAUAUAAUUAGACAACUGAGUAGCCUAAGUAAGUAUGCUGAAGACAUAUUUGGAGAACUAUUCAAUGAAGCACACAGUUUCUCCUUCAGAGUUAACUCAUUGCAAGAACGCGUGGACCGAUUGUCUGUUAGUGUCACACAGCUUGAUCCUAAGGAGGAAGAACUGUCUUUGCAAGAUAUAACGAUGAGAAAGGCUUUCCGGAGCUCUACAAUUCAAGAUCAGCAGCUUUUCGACCGCAAGACUUUGCCUAUCCCAUUGCAAGAAACAUAUGAUGUGUGCGAGCAACCUCCGCCUCUCAAUAUCCUCACUCCCUACAGGGACGAUGGUAAGGAGGGGCUCAAGUUUUACACCAAUCCUUCAUAUUUCUUUGAUCUAUGGAAAGAAAAGAUGUUGCAAGAUACAGAGGAUAAGAGGAAGGAGAAGAGAAAGCAGAAGCAGAAAAAUCUAGACCGUCCUCAUGAACCAGAGAAAGUGCCAAGAGCGCCUCAUGACAGGCGGCGGGAAUGGCAGAAGCUGGCCCAAGGUCCAGAGCUGGCCGAAGAUGAUGCUGAUCUCCUACACAAGCAUAUUGAAGUUGCUAAUGGCCCAGCCUCUCACUUUGAGACAAGGCCACAGACCUACGUGGACCACAUGGAUGGAUCGUACUCGCUCUCUGCCUUACCCUUCAGUCAGAUGAGUGAGCUUCUCACCAGGGCUGAGGAAAGGGUGUUAGUCAGACCCCAUGAACCACCGCCACCUCCACCAAUGCAUGGAGCAGGAGAUGCUAAGCCCACACCCACCUGUAUCAGUUCUGCUACAGGUCUGAUAGAAAAUCGCCCCCAGUCCCCAGCUGCAGGCAGAACACCCGUGUUCGUGAGCCCCACUCCCCCACCUCCUCCACCACCUCUUCCAUCUGCCUUGUCAACUUCUUCACUAAGAGCGUCAAUGACCUCAACACCUCCCCCACCCGUGCCUCCCCCGCCGCCUCCCCCAGCCACUGCUUUGCAGGCCCCAGCAGUGCCCCCACCCCCGGCUCCUCUUCAGAUUGCCCCUGGUGUUCUUCACCCAGCUCCUCCUCCAAUUGCUCCUCCUCUAGUCCAGCCCUCUCCCCCAGUAGCCAGAGCUGCCCCAGUAUGUGAGACUGUACCAGUUCACCCACUCCCACAAGGCGAGGUGCAGGGGCUGCCUCCACCCCCACCACCGCCUCCUCUACCUCCACCUGGCAUUCGGCCAUCAUCUCCUGUCACAGUUGCAGCUCUUGCUCAUCCUCCCUCUGGGCUCCAUCCAACUCCAUCUACUGCCCCAGGUCCCCAUGCUCCAUUAAUGCCUCCAUCUCCUCCAUCACAAGUCCUACCUGCCUCUGAGCCAAAGCGCCAUCCGUCCACCCUGCCUGUAAUCAGUGACGCAAGGAGUGUGCUGCUGGAAGCCAUCCGGAAAGGUAUUCAGCUUCGCAAAGUGGAAGAGCAGCGUGAACAGGAAGCUAAGCAUGAGCGGAUUGAAAACGACGUUGCCACCAUCCUGUCUCGCCGCAUUGCUGUGGAGUACAGUGACUCGGAAGAUGACUCAGAGUUCGAUGAAGUAGACUGGCUGGAGUAAGCCAGCCGCCUUGCUCUGUACUGCAAGGUUGGAUGCACAUGUCCCUCGUGGCGCUUGUUCUUUGAAAAUGUUCGGUCAUUCUGGUGUUUUGCUUCCUAUUCCUCAUAAUGAAUAACCCUUUUCCUCCAUAAUUUUUGAUUUCUAUGAAAAGUAUUAGCAUAUAUUUCAAACUAAAUAUUUUACAGUGGCUUAUCUUAGUUCCCCCCCCCCCGGGAAAAUAUAAUUUGGUCCAAUAAACUACUAAGUAUUAAGCAUGGACAGCCAUUAUUAGAGUAGCAGAUUCAGUUUUUGAUAUACCUUAAUUGUGCACUUUGUGAUUUUUUUUUUUUUUUAAAUUUGAAGAAUGCAGCUGAGAAUGGAAUCUUGAAGGCAGCUCUGUCUGAGAAUGAGCCUUAUCCCGUUUCUUGAUGUUUUAAAUGAAGAAACACUGCCUCGAUUAUACGAAUACACUCGGAAAGAACAUGUAGCUUGUAGUGUCGAAUUCUCUUAAAGGAAUGGUUAGCUUUUGUUAUCAUCUUCUUGUUUUUAAAUACUUGCCUUAUUUGAACGUUUAGCUGAACCCCCUUCCCACUUAUAUAUUGUGUGGUACAGUUUUGCUUGCCUAUAGAAGUUUAAAUUUUUCCAUGUGAAAUACUCAGAGUAAGCACCCGUGUAACUUACAUAAUGUGAGAACUACAAUCUGAUGUAAUAAACGGUUCAUUUUAAAGGC